CCAGAAUUCGAUGCGACUAGCUUUCAGUUCCGGUGUCAGUGACCAUCAAACUGUCAGCAAGAGAAAGGUGAAGUUGAGGUUAAUGUGUGUGGAUGUAGUGUCUGUGGAGAGCUGUGAUGCCCCUGGAGGUCAGAUGGCCAUUCCCACAAUGCCCUGCGUUGGCAUGGAGGAUCUCCAGCUCACUAAUCAUGGGCAUGGUGGGCUCCUAUUCCUACUUCUGGACCAAGUACAUGAACUGCUUGACAGUCCACAACCACGAGGUUUUGUUGAACCUGAUUGACCAGAGACCCUCUGACACGCCCCUCAUCACUCUGUGCAAUCACCAGUCUUGUAUGGAUGACCCACAUAUUUGGGGUGUUCUGAAGCUCAGACAUUUGUGGAACUUCAACAAGAUGCGGUGGACCCCAGCAGCAUCUGACAUCUGCUUCACAAGAGAGCUGCACUCUAGAUUCUUCAGCCGUGGAAAGUGUGUUCCUGUCUGCAGAGGUGAUGGCGUUUACCAGAAAGGUAUGGAUUUUGUUCUGGAGAAACUGAACAGAGGAGAAUGGGUGCACAUUUUUCCAGAGGGCAAAAUCAACAUGACUGAAGAAUUCAUACGACUAAAAUGGGGUGUGGGUCGGCUGAUAGCAGAGUGCUCCCUUAAUCCGAUCAUCCUGCCGCUCUGGCAUGUGGGUUUGAAUGAUGUCCUGCCAAAUGUGACGCCCUACAUUCCUCAGACCGGCAAGAAAAUCACAGUCCUGGUGGGGAAACCAUUCAGUGUGAAAGAGCUUGUUGAAUCCCUUCGAGCCGAAAACAAGAGUCAGGUGGAAAUGAGAAAGAACUUGACUGAUUUCAUCCAGGCAGAGUUUCGGAGCCUGAGAGCCCAGGCUGAGGCCCUCCAUGGGCAGAUACACAUCAAAUCCUGAGUCCCAGCCAUCCUGCUUUUACACUCCUCACAGCCAACCAGACUGAUUAUCCUUUACCCCAAAACUGAGGCUAACGCCUUCAAUACAGGACUGUUUUUACCUCGAUUUUUGGUAUCCACUCCUGUCUUUUACUUGGCUGGAGCACCCAAAAAACAGGCUUUGUAAUUCAGCCGUUGUUAAAAGCAGGCAUCAUGUUUUUAAUUGAUUUAGUAAUGUCAGUAGCUGGGAUGGGCUUCAGUCUACUGCCACACAACAGGAUAAACAGUUUAGAGAAUAAAUGAUGGAUGAUUGAGUUACUUGAAUUCAUACCAAUCAAUGUUGUGUGAUCUAUAUGCUGCCAGUCACUGACCUGGUCCUGGAUACUGAAGGAUUUUGAAUGUUUGUAGCUUCUAGUCUGAAUUUCUACAGUAGAUUGGCCAUGAAGUGUCAUUGUUAUCAUUGCAUCGUGUUACUAAUUUAACUCACUGUGGUUCAGCUGUUAUAUAACUGGUACCAUCAGACAGUUCAGGGUCCAAGGAAUUACAUCAAUUAUGGACGAUUCCGCGCCUCAUUACUUAUGCCCAAAGCCAACAUUCAGUGCCAGUACAGGAAGUAGUGUAUCCUUUAUGUAGAGAGGUGAAAAGUAAGGGUGUGGUGCUCAGGGUGGUGGAUGGGUGUGCACCACAUCGUAUUCAUAUGCUGGACAAUGAUCUUUCUCUAACCUUCAAGUUAUAAUCCUAAAGAUUUCAGUCUUUUUUUUCCAGGUCCCAGAACAUUCAUGGAGCAGCUACUACUGUAUCAGUUUGCAUAAGAGCCAAACAGACUCACAGAUUUUAAAUGAAGAAGAAGCCAAUAAUCUGUCUUUCUGCACCAUGCAGCAUAAGCAACUUUGAUCUGAUUUCAUGCUGCAUUCGUCACAAGCAUUUUUUUUUUUAAUCCAGCUGUUGGAGAGUGAACUGUAGACAGUGAGGCUGAUAUUAGUGACAUAAAGUUACAGUAACACUGGACUACAUUCAUGCAUCAUUUCCAGUGAAUUCCUCCUGCAUGUGAAGGAAAUUUAACGCAGUGAAGGAUUAGUGGACUCAAUACAAUGAAAACUACUGUGUAGAGCGGAAACCACACAAUGUAAAUACAUGGUAUUAGUAGUAGUCGGCAAAUGCAGAAAAUGUAGAAAGCAAGACUUUAAAAAUGUUGGCAUUGGAUGUAACAAUAAGUAAAUAAAUAACAGUUAUUGAACGUAAUUUAGGGCUUUGCAGAAUCGUCCAAUACUGAUGUUCUUAUUUGGGGUUAGGGUCGUGUUAACCUGUUACCCCACUUGUAGCAGAACUUUUUACAAAGCUGCUGUUGUUACAUAUUAGUAUGCAGUGUGCUCCUCUGUGCAUGUACACAUGGAGUAAUACAGAUUUAUUAUUUAUAAUUACUGGAGAAGUAAAUCUGGAAGUCAGGACAAUACUUUCAUAGCAGAGUAAAUGAUUGUGAGGAUAUGACAAUGGUAAUUGUACCAUUUUAUGUUUUGCUUUUAUUAGGUCCUCGGAGCUUUAAACCAGUUAUACUGUCCCUAACAUCACCAUGUGCCCUGCUGUCUUUGUAAACCCUCUCUAGUUCAAAUAAUUUCUUACUAUUGUAGAUUGUAGUUUUUUCAGAACUAUUAAAAUGCAACGUUUUCUGUUGAUCCUCUCAACGUCUGAAUGCUAUCACAGAUGUAUAUAACUUAUUUUAUCACAGAGGUCAGUGGCUUUUAUAAGGGAGGAAUUUAUAUGGGAGGAAAGGCCAGGGCUAAGUGAUCAGUGUUUUGUUUUUUAAUAAAUGUAUUGCCUUACUGUGAUUACCACUCUUUCCUACUGUAAGUGAAUGCCAAUAAAAUGUUUGACUUUU